AUGGAAGGCGCCAGGAGGUCGCGCUCGGGCUCCCGGCGCCGCGGCGACCGGGGCCGGACGGACCGGGGGCAGGAGAAGGGCCGGGGCGCGUCUCCUCCGGCCGCGAGCUCGCCGUUCGUGACCGUGACGCUGUCGAAGCACAUCAGGCUCGACGGCAAGCUGGUCAAACAGGAGCUCCAGAUCGAUGCGAAGAGGGUGCACAUGGGGAACCCGAGGAUCAAGCUGAUCAGCGAGAGCCGCGGCGCCCUCAUCAGCGCGGUCUUCCAGCGGCUUGACCUCGACAGAGACGAGCUGCUGAGCCCGCAUGAGAUGCGCCGCUUCGCGGAGCUGACUGGCUUCGGGGGCGGCGAGGACGAGUGGAACAAAGCCUUCAAGACCUUGAUGUCCGAGAACGGCGUUGCUGAGGACACUGCUGGGGUGGACUUCGAUCUCUUCGCGAAGCUGGUGGAGGACAAGUCGGCGGACACCGGCUGCCACUGCAACGACAGUGAGCUGCAGUCGAUGCUCGACCAACUGCCCGAGCCUGAGAACGCUGCUCCAGGCGGCGUGGCGCGUGUGGAUCUGAUCGCCGCCGUCUUUAAACAGCUAGACGCCGACACCGAUGGCAUGCUCAGCUCCAGGGAGAUGCGCAAGUUCGCGGAGCACACUGGCUUCCAAGGCACCGAAACCGUCUGGAAAGAGGAGUUCAAGAACCUGUGCACCGUGCCUGGCAAGGAGGAGCUCCAGAAGCUCGACCUGGCCUUCUUCUCCAAGCUCGUGAACGACAGGUCUGCCGACACGGGCUGCUACUGCUCCGACGACGAGCUGCACGCCAUGCUCGCCAGCUUCGGUGGCCAGAUUGCCCCGCCUGGGGGCUCGGUAGGGACGCUUCCGAAGGCCGCCGCGGGGGCUGCGCUCACCCCGAUGUCAACGUACCGCUCCUCCCUCGUGCGUUCGGUGUUCGACAGGCUCGAUUCCGACAGGGACGGCAGGCUCAACGAGAAGGAGAUGCGUGCCUUCGCCGGCCACACUGGCUACGAAUGCAGCGAGAAGGCGUGGACGACGGAGUUCCAGCAGCUCUGCGUCGACAACGGGAAGCAACCCGUGGAUGGGGUCGACUACCCCUUCUUCUGCAAGCUGGUCUGUGACCAGGACCAGUCUAGCUGCUAUUGCACGGACUCAGAACUCGCGGUCAUGCUUGCCAAGCUGGGCGGCCCGUCUGUGGGCGUGCCGAAAGCGCACGGCGGCAUGGGCCCACCCGUCACGGAGAAGGGCAUGAGCAAGGCCGCCGGCCCACCCGCCGCCGACCGACAGGCCCUGGUCAGGAGCGUCUUCCAGGCCUUUGACGUGGACCAGGACGGUCGCCUCAACAAGAAGGAAAUGCGCGCGUUCGCCGAGAGCACUGGGUUCGACGGGGGCGACGCAGCUUGGGACGAGGCCUAUGAGGUGCUCUGCAAGGAGAAGAAGAGGGACCCGGCGCUUGGCGUCGACCUGAACUUCUUCUCCUCCCUGGUGAACGACAAGGAGGACGCCGCCGGCUGCUACUGCACCGACGUCGAGCUCAGCUCCGCGAUCACCAAG